UUCAGUGUUUGAGCUAGUAGAAGUUUUCAUUUAAAUUUAUAUCAGCUCUGACUUGUCUGUAGCAGCGUUUAUUUUAUCCAAAAUGUCUUCAAAACUCCACGAUAUCGAUGCUAGUUUUGGCGGAACGACCUCACUUGAGGAGUUGAAUAAAAAGAUUAGUGAGCAGAAGGUUGUAGUAGACGAGCUUUCCAAUCUGAAGAAAAACAGGAAAGUCUACAUCCAGCAGCAGAACAGUAACAUUUUCUUCUUGGCUGAUAGAAGACAGACGUUGAGUUCAUGUAAAAAGGAGCUGGACAACUUGAAAAAAGACCUACAGGAUUCAUAAAGCCGGUCAUCCACCACAGCUAUGUGUGGCAUCUUCUGCCUGCUGAGCCUUUCGCCCACUCGCUUUGAGUGGGACAAAAGAGUUUAUGAACAUUUGAGAAGACGAGGACCCAGCUCAAGUCAGGAUCUCACAGUUACAGGCACAAAUAGCUGUUAUCAGUGUGUAUUCUCUGCUCACGUUCUCCACAUGCGAGGUCUCCUCACCCCUCAGCCUCUCCGCAGCACCACCGGAAACAUCCUGCUGUGGAACGGGGAGGUGUUUGGAGGCUUGCCGGUGAUGCCAGAAGAGAACGACUCUGCUGUUGUCUUUGAGCGGUUGUUAUCCUGCAAACAGCCCGCCGAGAAUCUGUCAGUCUUGUCCAGCAUACGGGGACCGUGGGCAUUUGUUUACUACCAGCAAGCUGGUGACUACCUCUGGUUUGGCAGAGAUUUCUUUGGCAGACGGAGUUUGCUGUGGAAAUUCGAUGUGGAGUUCAACAUCUUGACCCUGACCUCUGUGGCAGCUCACACACAUGGACCAGGUCGGUCUGCUUGGCAAGAAGUUCCAGCGGCUGGUGUGUACAGGGUCGAUCUGGCAGCAGUUUCAGAUACUGGACGUGUGGUCUUUGAGGUUUAUCCUUGGGCUCAGGGAGGAAGUGAGCAUGUGUCAGUCUGUAGUGAAACUGCACGGGAGUUUGGUGUCCCCAUUGGCUGCACUGCUGUCAUGAACCAAUCAGGGCUUGUCCUCACCUCACCCGUGUGCCCACUUAAUAUGUCCAUCCCACCAUCAUUGAAUGAGACCCAACAUCUAUCUGUGGAGGAUCCAGAGCAGCUGUUGGCUUGCAGAGAGAAAAACAAGGCGGCGGCGAGACUUAUUGAUGUUCUUAGUGAGGCAGUAAGGAGACGUGUCCAGUCUCUACCUUUACACCUCAAGGUCAGCGUGACUCCCAACAGGCAAGCUGCUGUCGCCAUUCUUUUCUCAGGUGGGAUCGACUCCAUGAUUUUGGCUGCCUUAGUGGACCGUCACGUACCUGCUCAUCAGCCAAUAGACCUUCUCAAUGUUGCAUUUAAACUGCCGGAAUCAACGAUGCAGAAAGAGUACACAAAGAUAAACAAAAAGCAAAAAAACAAGCAGACGGGUUCAGCUGAUGGAGCCUUUUCCCAAACACGUGGCCGCUUUGACGUUCCUGACAGAAUUACUGGAAAGGCGGGACUUAAGGAAUUACAAGGCUUGAAUCCGGAGAGAAAAUGGAAUUUUGUAGAAAUCAAUGUAACACAGAAGGAGCUGCAGAAAACACGCCAGGAGCAUAUUUGCCAUCUGGUGCAUCCGCUGGAUACGGUGCUUGAUGACAGCAUCGGAUGUGCCGUUUGGUUCGCAGCACGGGGGAGGGGCUUCAUCACGGAGGAUGAUGAUAACCAAAGGUGCUUCACAUCAUCAGCAAACGUUAUUUUGACAGGAAUUGGAGCGGAUGAGCAGCUAGCGGGUUACUCCAGACACAGAGUCCGCUAUAAGGUGUCUGGACAUGAGGGCUUGAUCCAAGAACUUGCCAUGGAGCUGGGCAGGAUCUCUUCCAGGAAUCUGGGCAGAGAUGACAGAGUGAUAGGGGACCAUGGGAAAGAAGCUCGAUUUCCCUACUUGGAUGAGGACGUGGUGAGCUUCUUGAACUCUCUGCCGGUGUGGGAGAAGGCAGAUCUGUCACUUCCACGAGGCAUUGGGGAGAAACUCCUCCUGAGACUGACGGCAAAGCAGCUGGGCCUCGGACACUCUGCCGUCCUGCCAAAGAGAGCCAUGCAGUUUGGCUCCCGCAUUGCCAAGAUGGAGAACAGCCACGAAAAGGCCUCGGACAAAUGCACACGGCUUCAGACUGACAGAGCAGACUUGAGCGAGGACACGUGAAGCCGUUUUUGUUCUGAGGACUGGAUCAAAAAUAUUUACACCAUGUUUUAAAAAAACUGUAAUAAUACAAAAUUUCACUGACAUCAUUGCUUCUUGUUUGGUCGCUCACAAUGUUGAUGUUGGAGAACUCUGCUGCCCACUCUUCAAACGCAGCCCGGUAAAGAUCGUUCGUCUGGAAA